GCGCUUUUGUCUAAUUAAUGCCAGAACGAAUCGACGUCGUUUUAAAUCCUGUUAGCUGAAUAUCAACCGUUGUGACAACGAAUAUCAGUGCGAUGGUUUGGCCUUUUCCAGCGCUAAAAAGUAUUUAAAAGCAGCGGCAAGUAUUCCAUUUCUUUCAAUUGGAAGUUUUCUGCAAUUCUUACGCUCACGCUUAUCGCUCUCGCUUAUCGCUCUCGCUCACAUAUCAAAAAAUUGCUGCUUUUAGUUAAUUGUACCAUAAAACUGGCACAUUGGUAUUUUAACAACGAACAAUACCGGCAUAUAGUUAUUUUACUUCAGUUCCGCAAGAGGGAGUUAGUGCCACUAUUGAAUUUCCCGCGUUUUUUAACAAUAUUACCGGCAAAACCGGCACAUAACCUAGUGUGUCUGUGAUCGUUGCAGAGUAUGUAAUAUUGGUAAAAAGCGCGCAGAAGAUUAACACUCCUUAUAAAGUCGUAGAAAUGAGUUACGAUGAUUUUUUUGAUUUAAUAAAACUAGUAACUCACACUUCAUUUAACUUUCAUUGGGACAGUUCAGGCAAUAUUAUUUGUUUCUUUAUGUUUUCAAAGUGGAAAAAUAUGCUUCUGACACAUUUUUCUAUAACAUCUUUUAGUGAAACUGACUACAAAAGCAUAAGUUUUACGCAAGCAAGCAAAAAAUAAAAACUUAUAUAGAGUGUUCUCUAGCAUAUCAAAAGUGGUAUUAUGCCUUGCUAUAAGGGGUUUAGUUCAAAGUGAUAUGGCGGUGAUGGCGAUGAGGCGAUUUUCUCAGUAACAAAUUUCGUACGAAGAGGCUUAUUCAAAUUUACAAUCCCCAGCAGUCCCUUUUUCAACAGAUCUUUUUUUCCAAGAAGAAUCACUUUAGGCCCAACGACAGUGGUGAAAUGAAACAGUCUCAUAAAAACGUAGCUGUUAUGAAAUCAAUACUGGUAGUAGGAAGCGUUCUAGGUGUAUGUUCCCCAUUGUGGGCCACAUUUAAACCCAAAUCGAUGGCUUACUUCUACAAAAUUUAUUCAAUCGGGAGUGCGGUGUUCUGGAUACUUGUCACGAUCUGGAUGAUCUACGCCAAACAGAAAUAUUUAAGCGACUCCAUCAUCUCGCCUGUUAGAUUUAUGGAUUGCGCCGUUCAUAUAUGCUUAGCCGUGUUUUCAGUUUCCGUAAUUCUAGUUUCCGGAUACGUGCAUAGUGAUCGACUUAAAACCCUGUUCAAGCAUUUGGACCUUCUCGAUGAGCGGCUGACACACGAUGUCAUGAAGAGUAGACGCAAGAUUUAUUACCACUUUGGUACCUUUAACGUGUUUUUGUUGGCUUUUAUGAUAUCGGACGCAACAAUAUGGAUCUCGACGCUCGGAUUGAAAUGGUAUUCUAAAUAUUACCUCACUCGAGUCAUUCAGCUUUACCAAUGUUUCUUGACGGUGUUUUUCGCCAACGUAUUAGCGGACCAACUGCGUGACAGAUUUGAAACCUUGAACCAGCUCUUAGUGAACACUAUUAAAGGAUCGGAUUGUGGUUUUUGGGUAUAUUCCCAGCAAUUCAAUGUAAGGCUGAACAAUCGCCGCGGUGUCAAAGAAUUCAGCCAAAUACAUACUUUCCUCUGCGAAAUGGUGGAAAAUUUCAACAGCAUUUUUGGUUUUCUCUUCAUGUUCGCUGCAUUAGUCAGUAUCGUUAUGAUACUGAACUUUGUAGUGAUGAUGCUUGCCAUAUUUUUCUUUGAGAUCAAAAUAGAAGGAAUUGAAUACGGAACCAACCUUUUAGUGGUCUGUACUAUGGGAAUUGUUAUAAUUAUCGUACAAACAGUAAUACUGGCUUGGAUUGGCGAGAGGUUGUCCAAUGAGGCUUCAAAAACUCAUCGUAUUAGUUAUUCAAUAUUAAAUUCGAUAUCUCUGCUGCCAUAUAUCGAGACCAAGGAAGGAUUAAGAGACGAUCUGCUGUUGUUAUCCAUGCAAAGCGUAUUCAGAAAGCCAUGCGUUCGCGCCAGCGGAUUUUUUGUUGUCAAUUAUAGAAUGCUAGGAUUUAUGACCGCGACUCUUACCUCCUAUGUGAUUGUGGCCGUUCAGUUUUUAACUCAGACGCCACCAAAAUUAAAAGAAUUAUACUAAGAUUUUUUGGCAGAUUUGUGACGAUUUCGCUUUAUUGUGUCAGCUGUUGAUGAGUUUUAAAACUUCGUAUUUAUAUUUGAGACGUUGAAAGAAAUUUUAUGUCUUUAAACAUUGUAGUUGCAGUAGCAAUUGCAAUUAAUAGCAAUGCAUAAUGUAACUUUGAGUUCAUUCUCAGCAAAAUAAAA